AUGGCGUCCAUCUCCCCCGCGACGCCGUACCCCGACAAAUACCACGCCGCGACGCGCGCCGGCCGCGUCGUCGAGCGCACGGCGUCGGACGAGACCAAGCUCCUCCUCUACGCGCUGCGCUCGCAGGCGACGAGCGGCCCGUGCGUCAUCCAGAGCAAGUGGGGGAUGGAGAUCGAGGCGCGCGCGAAGUACGAGACGUGGUGCAACCUGGGGAAGAUGGAGACGUUCGAGGCGAUGCGGCUGUACGUCAAGCUCAUCGACGAGGAGAGGCCGGAGUGG